AUGAGUGCGUCGACGUUUUCGGACGCUUCCCUGGCCCGCGAUUCUCAGAGCGCGGACUUUGACUUGAUCGUUCGCCAGCAGCCCAACCGGGCGCGCGUGGCUGGUGGGAAGGAAAAAGAACGCAAACCAGUUGAUCCGCCUCCAAUCGUGCAGAUCCGAGUGAGAGAAGAGGGGACGUAUCUCGCGCAGCAUUACCUUCAGAGUCCCUACUAUUUCAUGUGCUGCAGCCUUUACGAUGCUUCAGAAGAUAACCCGGCCCCCAUGGCUCCAUCCACCGCACUAACUGGUACACUGGUCUCCUCACUUCACCGGUUGAAGGAUGUGGACAAUAGCGAUGGAGGUUUCUUUGUGUGGGGGGACUUGUCUGUGAAGGUUGAAGGCGAAUAUCGUCUCAAAUUCACCCUCUUCGAAAUGCGCAAGGACAUUGUAACCUACCUCAAAUCGAUCAUCACAGAACGCUUUACUGUUUUCCCUCCAAAGAGCUUCCCUGGAAUGGGAGAAUCGACCUUUCUGUCUCGAUCCUUUGCAGACCAAGGAGUAAAACUAAGAAUUCGAAAGGAACCGCGGACGCUCAUAAAACGGCCAGCACCGCGGCCGGAGGACUAUCCUCAGCCGAUGCCACGAUCACCAGAUCGCUCGUCAAUUCAGAUGUCGGGUAAUGCGUUUAGCGGGUACCCGCAGGCAGCAAGCAGGGACUUCACGUCGUACUACGGAGCACCGCACCCUUCCAAGCGAGCACGAAUGUCAUCGAUUGAUAUGGGCACUAGGGGUGUCUACGACGCGGACGGCCGACUUCGUCAUAUGGAUCCGUACCCCCAAACUGCACUAUACAAUCAAGCCAGCGGCUAUCCGGCUUCCAUGAUGCAGGGAUAUCCAACCGGGCAUACGGGAGUAGCAGACUACACGAUGAGCUACGGGAUUCCAGCUUCGGCGCAGGUACCUCAGAUGCAGGAUCCAAGUGUCCACGGUCGAACAAGUCAACAGGCGACGAUGCAGUCUCUUGGGAUGGUAAAUCAGCCUGGCACUCCGACAGCGGAUGCAACCGGAGCGAUGAUGUCUCAGGGUUAUCCUCGAACCCAGCAAUAUCAGACCAGUUCGACGAUCCUCCCUCCUCUGCAGCGCAAUCGCAACUUUCCCCAGGGGACUAACGGUGCAACGGCUCGAGGUUAUUUCGACCAGGCGUCUCAAGCAGCGACACCUAUUCUACCCUCACAGCCCAUGGGUACGAGUGAGGCGGAUCGGUAUGGUUCUGCGCCUGGCCAGGCCGCUUUCGAUCACCCUGGAUCAGCCAACGGCACCCCUCGAUGA